AUGGCUCGGCAAGAUGGAGACAUACCACCCCGCCCCCGUCCUCGCUCAAGCACCAACUCCUUCACCUUCAGCUGGCGCCGCAAGCUCAACGAGCCCAGUCCUGCCGCCCCACCCGUGUCCAGCUCUCACGUGCAGGAGACGAGGACGUUACAGGAGAUCGUCGCGUCGCUGACACCCCCUGGCGUACUGUCCAGAGUCACUGCGCGGCAACUCGUCGAAGCGCUCAAAGUCGCCAAUAUACCCGGAAACACGCAAGGUCUCAUCAGCGUGUUGUCUUCUUUGUGCUGCAGCGAGCUCUCUGUCUUGAGGAUCGUCGGCUAUGAGGCGCUCUCUGCGUAUCUCGGCAACCCCUCAACGCCCCCUCUAUCCGAGCACGAGCGUUUUGUGCUCUUCUCGCUCUUCCCGUCUCCAGCGCCGCACUCCUGGAACUACGACGUCUGGGAGAAAGCGCAGCCGGCUCUCCAAGUGCUCACAAAAGACGGCGCGGAGGUCGUGGGAAUAGAGAUCCCCUUGCUGAGCCUGUUACGCUCCUGGAUCGAGGGUGCUGUAUUCGGCCUUCUCUCUCCCGAUAACAUCUCCGCGAGCGACCGCUCUCAACGCGAGAAGAGCGUAUUGAGCAUCUGCGAAUUUCUCACGCGCACGAUGACCGAAGCGAAGACCAUGGCGCGUCUCAGCGAGGAAGAGUCGACGAAUAUGCUGCAGUAUCUAGGCGACGUCGUCGAUAGGUCAUUGCUCAUACCGACCGAAGUGUUCGGCUCCCCUCCGCUACCAGCAGAGGCACAGACGCCCGUCACACCUGCGCGUCUGAUCCAUAGGCGCCAUCAUUCCUCGACGUCCAUAACGCAAGUGACCGCCUCCGGCUCUUCGACCACGCAUGCUCUCCGUCGGCCCUCGGACGUGACAGUUGACGUCUACCUCAAGCACCUCUCCUCCCAAAUGCGCUACAUGUCCCCCUCGCAUCUCAUGAUCAUGCUCCCCGUCCUCUUCCGCGCGCUCGCAUUCUACUCUUCGCCGCUCCCACGGUUGUCGCUCACCAAGAACAGCGACUUUGAUACGGAGCACGAGUUAGAGAGAAGGAUUGUCGAGCUUCUUCAUCCGUUAUUGAACGGCGCGUACUCGUCAACAUGCUUUGUCAUCAUGAAGCGCCAUACCCUGCCGGAAGUAUCUUUGGACGCGCGCGCCUCCGUCCAGACGUCUCUAGGAGCGUGUCGCGCGCUGCGCUUGUACUGGCGCAGAGCUCUAUGCGCCAGGCUAGCCCGCGCCCUACUCGCACGCGCCACGUCCGACAACUAUACCCCCUCUGGCGCACCGGGCGGCAUGGACAUUGACACUUCGCUCAUGGAACGCGCCUGGCAGAAAGACGAAGUCACGCGCGGCGAGCUUAACCGCGUCGGGCGCUUAUUCAGGCGCGCAUCGGAGGCGUGGGUCGGGCUUAACGCCGACGCCGGCUUCGCGAGCGGGAACUUGAGCGAGAGGGAGGAGGUGUUGUUGGAGAUCGCUGGUGCUGUCAGGGAUGUGUUUCAGGAGUAUGACCUGAGGGGCGAUUUGGAGGAUGUGGAUGAGGAGGAGAAGGGCGUCAUUGGGAGUAUCUUGGGGUCUUUAACGGAUUUCGUCCAUCCGCUUCAGGUGGAGAACGGCACACCCUACAUCCUCCCGCUCUCGCACUACAACGACGGAUCAACACCUUUCCUCCGCGUCCUCUCAUACCUCCUCUCCCGGGACCACAAAACAACACCAACGACACCUCCACUAACAUCCAUCCUCCUCUCUAUAUCCGACCACCUCUCAGACCUCUCUACAUCUCGCACAAUCGAAACCAUGCUCAAACGCGGCGACCUCUCACCCAUCUCAAUGGACUGGAUAACCCACUGGGCCAUCAUAUUCAACAAACCCGAACUCUCGUCCUCCUCUCGACCAAUGACGCGCCUCUCGAUUCUAGACGCCAUGCAAAACGUCUUCCAAUCCGUCCGCGACGUACCCGUACACCGCGUGCCAUUCGUAGACGUCAUACUGGCCAGCUGCCAGGCGCACGAGGUCGAGAAGGAUAGAGAUGGGUAUGAGGUCGUGUGGCAUGUGCUGGCGGACGAGAUGAUCAUGAGGUUGAGCGAGGCGCAGGAGUUGGUCUGGAAUGAGGAGGCGGAUGCGGGUGCGGAGGGCAGCGAGACGGUUGGGCCGCCUAGUGCGCAGACGGCGCUUGAUGCGGAGACGGUCACUGCCGACGCAGAUACGGCCAUCGCUGAGCCGGUGGAGAUUGAGACGGUCGCUGAGCCUGAAGCCAUCGCUGAGCUGGAACCCGAAGCACACGUCGAUUUUGAAGCAGAUCCUGAAGUGGACGCUGAGCCCGAAGUGGAUGCCGAAUCUGGUGCAAGCGCCGAACCUGAAGAGGACGUUGUACCCGAAGCUAUCGCUGAACCCGAAGUCGACGCAGAGCCAAGUGUCGAACCGGGCGAUGAUACCACGGAAGCCGCUGACCCUGAGCUCGCCGACGAGUCAACGGCUGUAGACGUCGAGCCUGAGGCAGAAUCGGAUGAGCCGCCACCCGAAGAGGUUGAGACACCCGCGGAGGCGGAGGAGGCGUCAGCUGUUGAUGAUGAUGAUGGCGCGGGCGCGGGCGCUGAUGUGGGCGAAGUGGCGGAAGGAGCGCCUGAUGCGGAUGGCGCGGAAACUCAUGCGCCGAUCGGAGCGGAGCAUGCUGAGGAACCGGUUGAGGAAGGCGAGGGCAUUGGUGGCGAGACGGAAGAACCCGCAUCCGCGGAUGAGGGGGUCGAGGGGGACGGGGAGCCACCGACGGAAGAGUCGGAAGAGAGAGAUGAAGAAGUAGAAGCUCCUGUGGAGACUGCGGAUGGUGCAGAGGAAGAUGCAGAGGGAGUGGUGCCAGAGGAUGGAGAAGCCGUCGCUGCAGAGGAUGACACGCUUGUGGCGGCAGUUGAUGAGGAUGCGGUAGCGGCAGGAGCGGGUGAUGAAGAUGCAGAAGACGGUGAAGGUCAAGACACCGCGGCGGAGGGUGGGGAGGCAGUAGAGGUGGAGGUGGAUACGACUGGUGUUGAUGCUGAGGUGGAACCUGGUGUGGAUGAAGGGGGCGAUGUGGAGGAAGAGGGCGUAGAUGAAGCGCAUGAGCCUGACGUCGAAGGAGAUGACGCCACUGCUCUUGAUGCCGAGGAAGUGGCCGAAGGAAGCGGCGAGGCUGUUGAGGACGUCGAGGAUGCGACCGAAGAGGGUGGCGAGGUCGUUGAAGAGGGCGGCGAGGCGGUCGAAGCGGGUGACGCAGGUGAAGCGACGAGCGAUGAAGUCGUUGAGCAGGAGCAAAGUGUCGAGGCAAUUCCCGAUGCAACUGCUGAUGUGACCGAGGGAGGCACGCUGGAGACUGAAGAAGCUGCCGUACCCGAUGCUGAAGAGCAACUCCCAAACGACGCAGCUGUUAUAGCAGGUUCGGACGCGGACGAGGCCGUAAUCAUCGAGGACGAAGCCAACGCCGAAACGUCAAUCUCGCCAGAGGACCACCGUGUCGAAGAAGACCUACGCCCUGAGGUUGCUGUCGAAGCUGAGUCCGUAGGAACCAAAGCUACCGCAGCUGCUCUCCAUUUCGUGGACUCUGUCCUCGAUCUUCUAUCUGGCAUUGCCAUCAAUGCCGAGGAUGAUGAGCCCGAACCCCUCUCGGCUGUCAGUCCUUCUUCGGCCCCUCACUCCAACCCCUUCUCCCGUGCACACUCGGAGUACUCUCCGCCCGUACGAGAGAAGGAACCCGGACUCAUGUCGCUCUUGUCCGCGUUCACCUCAGGCGGCAAUAGCCGCUCACAGUCGCAGCAAACCCCUCGUUCAGAUGACACUAUCUCGGUGGCAGAGACGACGCCCGUUCCGGACACCGUUGUGCCUGCGGCUGUUGGAGCUGUGGUCACCCUCAUCCACAUCUUCAGCCAGUUGGCCUUUACUCCCUACGCGACAUCAGAGCAGAGCAAAGCUGUCGCCAUCAGGAUAUUCAAGACAUUCGUCGAGAUGCUGCGAAGGGCCAAAUCUUCGCGCGUUAGGCUUACCGUCUUGCAGUUCUUCUUUCGGCUGAGGGUUGACCGGGACCAUCGCUUGUUCACCGUGUAUGAACGCUACGAUCGACUGGGCCACAUUGCGUCUAUCGCAGCCAUCAUCCAACGUACAGAACCUGUGCCUGGAUCCGUACCCGCAGAGCUCGUGGCGCCACAGCCUGAGGAGGAUGUAUCGAUCGCGGCGGCUACAAGGGCAAGAGCGUUGCAGCGCGAUGGCCGACGAGCGUCUCGUGGUCGGGAUCGGCCGGAUAGAUCGGCGUCUAGCCGUAGUCGCUCCCGCGUAGCUUCCAGACUCAUGUCGCCCACCGAGGUCGCUGCUCCGACGGACCCAGCGUUUCGCAAACCUUUGUGGCGUGUGCCCGAAGCUCUCCCGUUCAAGAUACCUGAGUCCGACACGCCGAGCGAUGGCUUGAUGUCCUACGAUCCAGAGACAUCGAACAACGGUCUGGUCCUUCCGACGUCCAGCAUGCUGCACAUCUUCAUCGAGAUCCUUCGCUCAGAGAGUGAUUGGGAUAUCAUGGCCUAUGUUCUUUGCCAUCUGCCCACGCUUCUAGCAAAUAAGCAUCUGUUCUGCGGUCCCAAAUCCCGCCAGGCCAUUACCAUCCUUCUGGAAACCCUCUGCAACGGCAUCUUGAAUGGGGAGCUCGGGAAAUCCAUCGCCCAGUGGCCGCUGAGCCUGCGUCCUCGAGACGCCCAGGGGCUCGCUUUCCAUACGCUGUCGGUCCUCAUCAGCUAUCGCGACUGCUUUCUUGCGCAGCAGCGACACGUCUUGGUUCAGGUUCUCAUGUCUGGCCUCAGCGCUCAGUUGUCAACCGUGAAAGCUUGCAUUCAAGCGCUAUCCAUCGCAGCCUUUGAACUUCAAUCCUCCGUCCGCCGCUUCCUGCCCGAGAUCCUCACCAAGCUCUCGCAGAUCAUGACCAAUGCAUCCAUCGCAACGCAUAUCAUUGAUUUCUUGGCCAUCGUCGGCUCCCAACCAUCUCUUUACGCCAACUUCAUCGAGGGCGACUUCAAGAUGGUAUUUGGUGUUGCGUUACAGUACCUGCGUCUACACAAUCGUCCGGAUUCUCCCGAGAGCACAUCCGUACUGUCGCAGCACGUGCGCCUUAUGUCCUUCUCCAUCGUCUACACUUGGUUCCUCGCUGUCAAACUUGCGGAUCGACCGAAGCACGUGAAGUAUAUCACUCGGCAGCUGCUACUUGCCAAUGAAGGACGAGACGAUGUCGACGAGCCGACGGAGGUCUGCUUCGACUGGCUCGCACGCUACACGUACAGCAGCGGCGAUCCACGGCCGGCAAGCUCGAUGCUCAGCGAGGUCAUCAUGAAGCCAAACUUCGACGUCCCUCAGUCCGAUGUUGUAGCGGAGAAAGCCUGGAUUAUUGGAAACGCCCUUGUCAGCAUUCGCGCAUUGACCAAGCUCGGGUGGCUUGAAGUCAGCGCACGCCGUCCAUCAGGCUUGACGCGCUUCUUGGCCCGCGUCGAGAAUAUCCCGAUGGUUGGACCGGGUGAGGUGGAUCCUGACUCUGUCUCUGUACCUGCCAUCCUUGCGAUGGAUCGUGAGUCGGGCGGGGAAGAGGAUGUGUUGUAUCAGGAAGUCAUGAACACGAUCUUCCCGCCUCCAACUCAAGACGCGGCAGAUGAGGAAACCCCUCCACGACCCGAUCCCAUCACUGGAUAUGUGUGGCAGGGUACUGCGCCGUCCCAGCGGCGAAAGGAGGUUGCCAUCGACCCGUCCUUCUUUGCCCUACAGCUUUCUUCGUAUCCUGGCUCGCGUCAGAAGACAAGAAUUCAGGACCUAUCUGCCGUCCCGUCCUUCCUACGGACCUUCGAUCGCAUGCCCGUGAUCGACACGCACAAAGUCGGCAUCUUAUACGUUGCGCCCGGUCAGUCUACGGAGAUCGAGAUUCUCGGCAACGUCCACGGCUCUCCUGCCUAUACCAGGUUCCUCGAGGGGCUCGGUCGUCUUAUCAAUCUGCGCGGCCAGAAGGAUGUGUACGCAGGUGGUCUCGAUCCCGACGAGGACGGCGAGUACGCAUACGCGUUCUGGGACGACAUAGGACAAGUGCUCUACCAUACCGCUACGCUCAUGCCUAAUCAUGACUACGAUCCUCAAUUCAAUACGAAGAAGAGGCACAUCGGCAAUGACUUCGUACGAAUUGUCUGGAACGACUCGGGCACACCGUAUCGCUUCGACACACUGUCUACGCAGUUCCAGUUCUGCAAUAUCGUCAUCGAGCCGCAUUCGCUCGGCGCCAUUGCUGCGUUCUCGGACAGUCAGCACGCAAACGAAUAUUUCCGCGUGACGGUGCAACGUGCUCCGGACAUGCGGGACUUCGCGCCUCUCGGAGACUUCAAGCUCAUAUCGGCGCAGAACUUGCCUUUGCUCGUGCGCCAACUGAGUCUCCUUGCGGACUGGUACUCUUCUGUCUACCAGUACGUCAGCCGAGAACCCGGCCAGGAGAUGGAGACGAACUGGCGUUCUCGUCUGCGCGCUUUGAAGCGGUUCCGCACCAAGCAACAGGAUGCUCAAAAGCCCGCCGAGUCUGAGCAAGAGGCUAUCCACGGCAUCUUGGCGCAGGAGGCCGCCCGCGAUUUUACAUCGUUAUAUUAA